AUGGUUAAGGGCAGGAAGAGCCAGAAGGCGGAUAAAGUUACGAAGGCCAAGAAGAGAGUUGCUGAUGAGGUCGACGAGUCAGAGUCAGAGCCUGAGUUGCAAGUCGAGGGACUAAUAGAUGCUGAGGCUGAGAGUGAGGAUGAUGAGUCCUUCGAAUCUGCUGAAGAAAAUGCUUCCGCUGAAGAGGACGAGGAGGAUGAGGAGGAUGAAGAGGACUCCGAUGCGGAAUUGAACAAGCUAUUGGCUGAGGAAGAAGGCGAUGAUUCUGAAAGUGAGUACAAUACAUCUGACUUCUCUGAGGACGACACUAAAUCAAUGACCGAUAAGCUAUCAGGCGUUAAGUUGACUACAAUUGCAGAGCCAAUUAUUAAAACUAAAUUUUCUGAUGGGACACCAAGAGUAAUAAAACCAGAAAUCAAUCCAGUUUACGAUAGCGAUGACAGUGACAUCGAAUCGAAGAACACUAUUGGUAAUAUCCCACUAUCAGUCUACGAUGAAAUGCCACAUAUUGGUUACGACGUCAAUGGUAAAAGAAUCAUGAGACCAGCCAGAGCCUCCGCUUUGGAUCAACUGUUAGACACCAUUGAGCUUCCUGAAGGAUGGACUGGUCUGUUGGACAAGGAAUCAGGUGCCAGUCUGAAUAUCAGUAAAGAAGAACUUGAAUUGAUCUCCAAAAUACAAAGAAAUGAGCAAACUGACGAAAGCACAAAUCCAUACGAACCAUUGAUUGAUUGGUUUACUAGACAUGAAGAAGUGAUGCCUCUAUCUGCUGCUCCAGAACCAAAGAGAAGAUUUGUUCCAUCCAAGAAUGAAGCUAAGAGAAUCAUGAAGAUUGUUAAGGCUAUCAGAGAAGGCCGUAUCAUCCCACCUAAGAAAAUGAAGGAAUUAAGAGAGAAGGAAAAGAGUGAAGACUUCAAUUACGAUCUAUGGGGUGACUCAACAGAAACAAAUGAUCACAUAAUGAACUUAAGAGCACCAAAGUUGCCUCCUCCAACAAAUGAAGAAAGUUACAACCCACCCGCUGAAUAUCUACCAACAGAAGAAGAAAUAAAGGAAUGGGAAAAUACUGAAUAUAGUGAAAGAGAGAGGAACUUUGUUCCUAAGAAGUAUGAUUCUUUAAGAAAGGUCCCAGGUUAUACAGAAUCUGUGAGAGAGAGAUUCGAGAGAUCUCUAGAUCUUUACUUAGCACCAAGAAUGCGUAAAAACAAGCUUAACAUUGAUCCUGAAUCAUUAAUUCCUGAGUUACCAUCUCCAAAGGACUUGAGACCAUUCCCAAUUCGCUGUUCCACCAUCUAUUCUGGUCAUGAAGGUAAAAUUCGUACAUUAUCCAUCGAUCCUACUGGUAUUUGGCUUGCGACUGGGUCAGAUGAUGGUUCAGUAAGAAUUUGGGAAAUUUUAACAGGCAGAGAGGUUUAUAGGGUUCAAUUAGUGAAUAAAGAAGAUAAUCCUGAAGAUAACAUACACAGUGUAGAGUGGAAUCCAGAUGGGUCUGUUGGUAUAUUAGCUGUUGCAGUCGGUAACAAUAUUUUCUUAAUCGUCCCACCAAUUUUUGGUUAUGACAUUGAGAAUGCCGGUAAAGUUAGAAUUGAGCAUGGUUUUGGUUACGAUACUUUCGGCUCAACAAAGAAAGCUAAUCUAGAGGUUAAUGGAUCUGAUUUAGAAUCCGAUGAUGAAGCAGCAAAUGCAAAUACAGCCGUAAAGAAACAAGUUGCGCAAUGGCAUAAACCUACCCAGAGACAAAUGGAACAAGAUAUCUGUAUUGUCAUUGUAUGUAAGAAGCCUGUCAAGAAGCUAUCAUGGCAUAGAAAGGGUGACUACUUCGUCACAGUUCAACCAGACUCUGGUAAUACAUCCGUAUUGAUCCAUCAACUAUCGAAGCAUUUAACACAAUCCCCUUUCAGAAAAUCAAAGGGUAUUAUAAUGGAUGCCAAGUUCCAUCCUUUCAAGCCGCAGCUAUUUGUUUGUUCACAAAGAUAUGUUAGAAUCUAUGACUUAUCACAACAAGUAUUGGUCAAGAAACUUUUGCCAGGCGCUCGUUGGUUAUCUAAUAUAGAUAUCCAUCCAAGAGGUGACAACUUGAUAGCAUCCUCAUAUGAUAAGAGAGUUCUAUGGCAUGAUCUGGACUUGGCUGCUACCCCAUAUAAGACUCUGAGAUACCACGAUAAAGCCGUUAGAAGUACGACUUUCCACAAAAAACUACCACUAUUCUGCUCUGCUGCAGAUGAUGGUUUCAUCCAUAUCUUCCAUGCUACAGUCUAUGAUGACAUGAUGAAAAACCCAAUGAUUGUGCCGUUAAAGAAACUAACAGGUCAUAAAGUGCAAGGCCAUCUGGGUGUUCUUGAUACUAUUUGGCAUCCUAAGGAAGCUUGGUUAUUCUCCGCUGGUGCUGAUAACACAGCCAGAAUGUGGACUACCUGA